AAACUCAACAAAUCACUCAAUUAUUACCUAUGGCUAAAGCAACUCUCAUUCUUUUCCUACUUUUGUCCCACAUUUCAGUGGGGACAUUGGUGUUAGCACAUGAACAGAAAACUUGGUGUGUGGCUAAACCAUCAUCAGAUUUAAAAACAUUAGAAGAAAAUAUAAUUUAUGCAUGUUCUCAAGUGGAUUGUAGAAUAUUGCAAAAUGGUUGCACUUGUUAUUCACCAAAUAAUCUUAUGAACCAUGCUUCUAUUGCAAUGAAUCUUUAUUAUCAAGCUAAUGGAAGAAAUCAAUGGAAUUGUCACUUUGGUAAUUCUGCCUUAAUUGUCAUGACAGAUCCAAGUUAUGGAAGCUGUAUCUAUGAGUGAAGACAUGAUUAGGAAAAGCAGCUAAAUAAAUUGAAGAAUGCUUAUUCUCUUGUUAAUUAUUAUAAAAUUUGAUCAUGUACAAAUAGCUUUUAAUAUCAAUAAAAGAUAUUAUUAAAUGCUUUAUACCAUGCAUUUCACAUGA